AUGUUCUGUACCCUAGCCUGUUUGAAAAAGGCCCUGGAGGAUGAGCAGGCACACAAAUUGACAAAAAAAGCGGUCUAUUAUAUAAUAUUAUACAUGUAUAUACCAAACUACUACUUAGAUACAAGGGGGGACCUAUUGUGGUGUAGUGGUGAAGCUGCACUGAGUUUCAAAAAUCCAAAAAAUGCGGCUGUGAAAGCCAACACACCCAGCAAAAUAGGGCCUGACAAAUGCCAUGGAUUAGGUCAAAUUGCGCUGCUGGGGUGCCACUAUCGCGAGCUUCGUGUCCACGUAUACGACCACUCUGGUUCUGCCGUAUCCCCUCCAUUCCAUAUCAGCCAACAGAAGAACAAAUUUCUACAGAUCCUCUUAGCUAUUGUCUUCGGUAACGGCGAGUGCAUCGGUUUCGAUACGACAAUGAAUAUUCGACAGCUCAAACUCCCUGUCUUAUCCCGUCGUUCCAUUCCUCCUAGGAGAUUGCGUGUCCGGAAUAAGAGGGACCCCCCCAGUGAAUCUGUCAUACGGGCGAAGACAGGAGAUGCAGCAUCAGGCGAGCAGUCAGGCGAGUCAGAGGAGUCAGGUGAGGAGUCAGGCAAAGAGUCAGGCGAGGAGUCGGACAAGGAGUCGGACGAGUCAGGAUAUGAUUCAGCAUCAUCAUACAAACCUUCGCCCUCACGUCGCCUAGACACUCUCGGCGAUGAGCGGCCCGAUAUUAGGACUGGUCUUCCUACACUCCCCUCUGAACUGCUUCCCUUGGCCACUCCCACCUCGCUAGCUCCUUUUAUUGCCCAACAUUCCAUUCCUCUGAAUUUGUCGCCAAUCGGUGAAAUUCAAGUCAAUGACAACUGGUACGACAUCCUGGAGGUUUUAUUUUCAAGUCAUGGCCUGGUUGGUCGUGGCACCGUUUGCUACUUGGCUAGAAAAGAUGACGAAGAGUACAUCAUCAAGGACCACUGGGUCCUUGGGAAUGCAGAUGAUGAAGAUAUCUUGAAUGAGGUUGCUAUGUUGAAGAAUAUGCAGGGUGUCCGUGGCGUCCCAGAACUCGUAGAAUUCAGCAAGGUUAAGCUUUCAACUGGUGAGGUCAACAACACGAAGAUUUACCAAUAUCAAGAGCUACCCAGCUUAGUCGCUAUACGCGACAUUGUGGCCAUUCAACAGGAAGCGCAUCGAUGGGGUAUCUUGCACCGCAAUUGCAGCCUCCACAAUGCGAUGAUUGAGGAUGCCAAUGGUAAUAGCCUUGGAAUGCUGAUCAACUGGGAAUUCACUGUGACUAUCACACCAGAGAAUACAUAUGCUAUUGGUGGAACAGGCACAAUUCCGUUCAUGUCGCAGCGGCUCCUGCAGCAAGUGAAAAAAAUCUUGAUCUCCCACACCGCAAAAAAAGGGGCAUCAUCAUCGUCACCUUUGGAAAUCGAAUUCGUCAAGCAAGACUAUUCAGAUGAUCUCGAAUCGCUGUUUUACGUCUUCACUUAUAUCUGCAUCGAGUACAGCGGCCCUCUUGGUGUAGAACACUAUUUGAACCCUUCGAAAGCAUGGCUUCCGCAUGUGGGGAGCAACCGGAAUAUCGGGGGGUGCUUUGAGAACAAGGUUGCAUUCUACACAGUGGGCAAAGGCGAAGCUGCACUCCAAGCGCAGUUUGACGGCUACUUCAAGGAUCUUAUUCCGCUUGCACUGGAGUGGAUGAACCUCCUGAGGCUCAAUUUUCCAGUUCAGAUCGGCGCUGUUGAUGGCCAAGUUCUCCACCGACCCAUUGAAUUCGAUGCACUGCUCAAGAUCCUGGACAAACACAUUACUGAACUUCUUAAGGGCGAGCCUGAGCUGGCCCCUGAACGGUUGCUCCGCAAGAGGUUGGUAGAUAAGCAUAGGCAGGAUGUGCAUGCAUCAGGAGAGAUCAUGAGGGAAAAGGAAUUGGAUUGCACCGCAGUGAAGAAGCGAGGUCUGAAUGAUGAGUGGACUGUUGAACCUGUGAAGAGGAACAAGACAUCGAACUCGGGGUAG